CCCGUCUCCCGCCAUCCCCCUCGCCCGCCAAAAGAAUCCCCAAAUCCGCAAAUCCAACCUCAUAAAUCUGCCCACCAUUUUCUCCCGCUCCAAAUGCCCAAACCGCCUCCCGCUCCGCGCCAAUCCCCAUCGAUCCACCGGCGGCGGCUGCGGCGGCCAUGGACAUGUCGUCGAUCGCCUCCCGCCUCGGCCUCUCCGGCUCCCGCCCCGUCGUCCGCAAGGCCGCCGAGCUCCGCCGCCUCUGCGACGUCACCUUCGACUCCUCCGUCCUCGGCAUCGGGGAGGUGUGCAAGGCGAUCAUCUGCCUCGAGAUCGCGGCGUCCAAGUUCCAGGUGAUAUUCGACAGGGCAGAGGCGGUGCGGAUGAGUGGCAUGUCUGAGAAGGCGUAUAUCAGAUCAUUCAACGCGCUGCAGAAUGGUCUUGGUGUCAAGACUACAUUGGAUGUGCGUGAAUUGGGCAUCCAGUUCGGCUGUGUCAGGCUGAUACCUUUCGUGCAGAAGGGAUUGUCGCUCUACAAGGAGCGUUUUUUGGCGGCACUGCCACCUUCUCGCCGGGCAAGCACUGACUUUGGUCGACCAGUGUUCACUGCAGCUGCAUUCUAUUUAUGUGCAAAGAGGCAUAAGCUUAAAGUUGACAAGCUGAAGUUGAUUGAUUUAUGCGGAACAUCUAGUUCUGAAUUUACAACUGUUUCAACAUCCAUGGCAGACCUUUGCUUUGAUGUUUUUGGGAUUGCCAAAGAGAAGAAGGAUGCAAAGUCCAUAAAAGGGAGUAGAGAACUGCUGGAUGUUUUGCCUAGCAAAAGGAAACAUGAUGACGACAGUGAUUCAUCUGGUGAAUCCUCAGGGGAUGACCAAGAUGAACUAGACCUGCCAACUUACAAAAGACACAAGAAAAUGGAAAAGGAAGCUUACAAUGACUGGAAGUCAUCGGUUCUCUCCAACAAGCAAACCAAACCAGACCCUGCAAAACCAAGGAAACAAGCUCAGCUUAACUUCAAGAAGAAGCCGUCAGACAUGGCCCUAGAAGUAUCAUCGGCAGCCAACUAAAUUUUUCUCAACGGAGGCAAAAAAUGCUCUUAGCAUCAUAGAAGUUCCUCCUGAAUGCAUGAAGGAAAUCGUUGCCCCCCUUUCUCAUUUGUUCUAAGAUGCUGACAUAAUGGUAUCAACAAAAAAAAAGUUACUUUCUCGCGACAUUCUUGUGUAAAUGAUGACAUGACAUAUUUGUUUUUUCAAAAAAAAAGUGACUUUUUUAAAUGUACACGAGGAAUUCAUUGAAUUGUUCUAUUUUCAUGCUGUCAUCGACCAUCAGUCUUAAGCCAAGUGCUCUCUUAUUUUAUAUCCUCAGUUGCCAGUUGCCAAGAUAUUUCAAGGUGCAUGCUGCAUGUGUCGCUGUUAUCUUCUAAUGCAGACUACCCAAGUGCACUCUGUAUCCUUGUUUGAUUUAUAAUGAGUUCUACAGAUGCUGGUAACAUUUUGUA